GUCCGUCGGAGGAGAGCGCUCCUGAGACGGGCAAGGAGAGGAAGCCGAAGAAGCCGGCGGGGGGAGCGGCAGUAGCGGCAACGGCGGACAGCUCAUGGCUCCCGGAGCGGCAGGAGGCUGAGGCUGAGGGGGAGGAGGAGGAGGAGGAGGAGGAGGAAGGCGGGGCGCGCGCGCGGCGGCGGCGGGAGGGGGCUCUUCCCCGGCCAGGCGACGGCGAGGCCCUCCCGCUGCGGGGCUCGCGACACAACUCCGGCUGGUCUCCUCCUCCUCCUCCUCCUCCUCCUCUUCUUCCCCCCUCCCCCGCGCGGCAGUGUUAUGGCCUCUUGCUGGGGCGCAGAAGGGUCCCUUGCUUGGAGGUCAGCGCAACUCCUGCUCCUCGUCGCCUCCUGUUGCGGAAACAGUGCUCUUGCAGAACGUUCUGAAAAUGUGCAUAUUUCAGGAAGCUCGACUGGUUGUGGAGAUAUUCCAGAACAAAUUGAAGGCCCAAGUGGGAUAAUUACAAGCCCAGGCUGGCCUCUUGAAUAUCCUGCUAGAUUGAAUUGUAGCUGGUAUAUCCAGGCAAAUCCAGGAGAAAUUAUUACAAUAAGUUUUCAGGAUUUUGAUGUUCAAGGAUCACGGCGAUGCAGUUCAGAUUCCUUAACAAUAGGGACCUACAAAAACAUGGAAAAUUACAGAGUAUGUGGAUCCUCUGUUCCAUCUCCAUAUAUCUCUUCACAAGAUCACGUUUGGAUCAGAUUUCAUUCAGAUGAUAUCAUAUCACGAAAGGGCUUCAGAUUGACUUAUUUUGCAGGGAAAUCCAGUGAAUUGAGUUGUGACUGUAACCAGUUCCACUGUGCUAAUGGGAAAUGUGUUCCGGAAUCUUGGAAGUGUAAUGACAUGGAUGAAUGUGGAGAUAAUUCUGAUGAAGAAAUAUGUCCCAAGGCUAGUCCACCAACUGCUGCUCCCUUCCCGCCAUGUGCAUACAAUCAGUUCCAGUGUCUCUCACGUUUCAAUGUUUAUACUUGCAUUCCAGAAUCUUCAAGAUGCGAUGGCAACCUUGACUGUCUUGAUUUAGGAGAUGAAAUAGACUGUGGCAUGCCAAGUUGUGGGCAGUUACUAAAAUAUUUUUAUGGUACUUUCAGUUCUCCUAAUUAUCCAGACUUUUAUCCACCAGGGAGCAAUUGCACUUGGCUGAUAGAUACAGGAGAUCACCGCAAAGUUAUUUUGCGUUUCACUGACUUUAAACUUGAUGGUACUGGUUAUGGGGAUUAUGUCAAAAUAUACGAUGGACUAGAAGAAAAUGCACACAAGCUUUUGCGUGUUUUAACUGCCUUUGACUCUCAUGCACCUCUUACAGUUGUUUCAUCUUCUGGUCAAAUCAGAGUGCAUUUUUGUGCUGACAAAGUAAAUGCAGCAAGAGGGUUUAAUGCUACAUAUCAAGUAGAUGGUUUUUGUCUGCCGUGGGAAAUACCCUGUGGUGGAAAUUGGGGAUGUUACACCGAGCAGCAGCGUUGCGAUGGCUACUGGCAUUGCCCAAAUGGCAGGGAUGAAACCAACUGCACCAUGUGUCAGAAGGAAGAAUUUCCGUGCUCCCGAAAUGGUGUCUGUUACCCACGCUCUGAUCGCUGCAACUACCAAAAUCAUUGUCCCAAUGGUUCUGAUGAAAAGAAUUGCUUCUUUUGCCAGCCAGGGAACUUUCACUGCAAAAACAAUCGCUGCGUGUUUGAAAGCUGGGUGUGUGAUUCCCAAGAUGACUGUGGGGAUGGUAGUGACGAAGAGAACUGUCCAGUGAUUGUGCCCACCAGAGUAAUUACAGCUGCUGUCAUUGGAAGCCUUAUCUGUGGGUUGCUUCUUGUCAUUGCAUUGGGAUGUACUUGUAAACUGUAUUCAUUAAGAAUGUUUGAACGAAGGUCAUUUGAGACACAGCUGUCAAGGGUUGAGGCAGAAUUACUGAGAAGAGAAGCGCCUCCUUCUUAUGGACAACUGAUUGCACAAGGCCUAAUUCCACCCGUCGAAGAUUUCCCAGUUUGUUCACCAAAUCAGGCCUCGGUCUUAGAAAAUUUGAGACUGGCAGUGAGAUCUCAGCUUGGAUUUACAUCUAUUAGAUUUCCAAUUGCUGGCCGGUCAAGUAACAUUUGGAACCGAAUCUUUAAUUUUGCAAGAUCCCGUCAUUCUGCAUCCAUGUCAUUGGUGUCAUCAGAUGGAGAUGAUCUUACCAGCCAGAACAGUAACAGAGAAGCAGAAAGAAAUAGUUCACACCGAAGCCUCUUUUCAGUGGAAUCUGAUGAUACUGAUACAGAAACUGAACGAAGAGACACAACAGGUGCAGUUGGUGGUGUUGCUGCUACAUUGCCUCAGAAAGUCCCUCCUGCAACAGCGGUGGAAGCAACUGUUUUCUGUGGAACUUCCUCAACACAGAAUACUAGCAGUAGUAUAGACAGUGGAAGAGAACCAGCAAGCAUGGAACCUCUGAGUUCUAGUCCAGGACGCCAUCAGUUUUCUAGUGCAUUAAGUCGAAUGACUCAAGGGUUACGUUGGGUACGCUUCACCUUAGGAAGAUCAAGUCCAGUUAAUCAGAACCAAAGCCCGUUGAGACAGCUUGAUAAUGGAAUAAGUGAAGGAAGAGAUGAAGAUGACGAUGUUGAAAUGCUAAUUCCGGUUUCUGAUAUAGCAUCAGACUUUGAUGUGAAUGAUUCUUCACAACCUCUGCUUGAUCUCACUUCAGAUCAAGGACAAGGGCUUCGACAGACAUACAGUGCAACACAUAAUGGAGUACAGUCCUCUAAUCGAGAUGGCCCCUGUGAGCGCUGUGGAAUAGUACACACUGCUCAGAUACCUGACUCGUGCUUAGAAGUUAUGUUGAAAAAUGAAAGUAGCGAUGAUGAGGCUUUGUUACUCUGCUAAGUAUUGAAUGAGUGGAAAUGUCUGCAAGUUGGAGCAAUAUGGUGAUUGGUUUUUGUACUUCUUCUUUAAGGAAAAAAAAAUAGAUUUUUGUUUCAAAAAGAUUCCAGGGCAACUCACAUGACUUCCAAAUUUGAUUGUGCAUGACUGAAUGAAUCUGUUGCAACAAAGAAAAAUUGUUACCAGUCUACAUACAUAAUGUAUGUUUGUUGCUAGGGUGGUUGUUUUGUUGUUGCUGUUGUUAACUAUUACCCUUUAAGGAUCUUUUUCUUGAGAGCUUUUCCUAGUACUGCUUUUUCUACUAGACUCCUUAAAGCCUGUGCAAGGAGUUGACAGAGUAGGUUGUCUCAAAUUUAUAAAACACGUCACCAACCAGUGAACUUGGUGGAAUUUUGCAGCAUGCAAGUUUCUGGCAUACCUGUACGUGUGCAUUUUCAGUGUUGUAAAAGCAUGCAUCUAUCGCCAGUUCCUUACUCAUGCUUUCUGGAAGAAAGAAGAAUAGAGCUAUCUAGGAAGUGGUCCUUGAUUUCAAAUAGUUUUAACAUUGUGUAAUUUACAGUAGGAACAUGGCUGCUCAUCCACACUUUUGGCUGCCUACCAUUCACUCCCAUUUGUCAGACUGUUUUGUAUGUAAUAUUUAUUUCAUGUUAAAAUCAAAUCCAGUGUAAAUUGCCAAUUUAAUUUAAUACAAUAUACUAAAUGCUAAUUAUUGCUGAAAGUAUUCUUAUUUUUUCCUCUUGUGAUUUAUAUUGUCAAAUUACUGAAUGUUCUCUAGUUAACUUUUUUCCCCCAAAGGAGGGAUUUUCUCCAGUACACUACACUGUAUUUGUUUUUUCUUUUUCUUGUCAAUGUUAAAAUGGCAGAAACUGAUGGCAAAAAAAUGUUUUGUAGCUUUUAUAACAUUAACUUUAAUAAGUUGGUCUAGAAUGGUACAACCAAAUAAGGUGUAAAAAUUCAAAGAAAUUUUUCAUCUAUCUUUGUAGAUAGAUACUUAAAGCAGAUAAAUAUGCAUUUGAUUCUUGUAUAUAAUGUGUUUUUUAAGAAGCUGAAAUAGGUACACAUAACCUUAGAAAACUUCAAUAGAUCUUUCCCUAAUAGAGUUUAAAUUUGUUCAGUCUAAAGGGAUUUGCACUAAACCUGUAUUAAGGUCUCUAAAGAAUUAGUGCACAUGCACUAUAACUUUAAAUAUUAGCCUCUAAUACAACAAUGAAUAUAUAUUUCCAUAAACUCUGUUCUUGGGUUCUAACUGUCUUUGGUUUGUUGAUACAAUUGAAUUUGCUUUACUAACUUCCUAUUUAUUCACUGUAUUUAAAAACUAGUUUAUGUAGUAUCAGUACUUGCCUUAAAACAACAAAAAGUUCUAGGUUUUUAUUUUAUUACAUCCCAUUGUUAGUGCAAAAUAUAUCAGCAAUAGGAAAAAAAAUGAGUUUCCAGUUUAAUGGCCAAUUGAUAGUUGUUACUUCUUGAUGAUACCAAGAAAUGAAUCUUUUGAGAAGAUAAAGGUUGUGAAUUGCUGUUAUAUUUAUACUUGGGCAGUCUAAGUAGGCUUACUGAUUUAUUAUGAAAAAUGUAUUUGUGUAUGAUUGUGUCCUAUUUAUUAAAUUUUACAUACAUUACUGAAUGUCAUUUUAAAGCAUGUUUAAAGACUUGUGGAAUUCUUGUUAUGCUAUCGAAACAACCCUCAUGUUUUAAGAUAUAUUACAUUAAAAAACUUGUCAUGUAUUGAGAUACUUUUUAAAGAAAAACCAAAGUAUCUGUUUUCUGCUAGUGUUUUUUUAAGAAAACACAAGUAGAAAGAUUUACAUAUAAAAUUAAACUAGAAAGUGUGAUCAUUUUUCAGUAAGUUGAAAAUUUUGAUGUUAUCAUAUGAUUGAAUGAUAUAUUUUCUCAGUAAAUGAGAAAAUUGAAAAAAUGCAGAUUUCUCUUUUCCCAAAAGUACAAGGAUAGGGCUCAUACAAGAAGAUAAUCAGUUUAAUUAAUUCCAUGCUCCAAAAUAGCCAGUAAAAAAGUUUCUACCUCAGUUUUUAAAUAUGAACAGGACAUAGAGCAGCAGUUACCAACCCUUCUAGCUUAACGGUCUGACGGGGGCAGAGGAUAGUUCCCUGGGAGUGGAAGGUGGGCGUGUGCAAGCAAGCACAGCUCCAUUUGUGUGAGAACGGGUGUUGGCACCUGCCACUUAUGUGAGAGGAGCAUUGCGCACAAGGGCAGAUGGCUGCUGCUUGCGUGAGAGGAGUUUGUGCAUGCACACGGGCUUGCCCUCCACUUGCGCAGCCCAGUUCCAAACAGGCCAUGGCUCGAUAGUGGGCUGUGGCCCAGGGAUUGGGGACCCCUGACAGAGUACUCAAAAUGCUUCAUAUUUGGGGGCGGAGAGUGGUUUCUUGAAAAUCAAAUUCAAGAUUUCUAAUUGCAAAAUUGGCUGCUAAGUUUCGAAUAUUAUUUAAUCUUUGAAGCUAAAUAUCAGGUCGUUUUUACUUUAAACUUAACAUAGAAUUAAGCUAAAAUAACUUAAAAACAUAGAAGCCUAUCGCAAAAGAGGAAUGCCUAAAAUUAAAACAUUUCAUUUUCAGUGAUUUCAAGAAAAUAAUCAAAUUAUUGGCUUGACUAGACUUACGACUUUUGUUUCUAAGAAUAAGACAUUUGUUUUAUCCUGCAUUAUAAACAAGUUAUUCAGUGCAAUCUUACACGUGUAAGUCCCUUCCUAUUGUUUGUUUGUUUAAGCAGCUUCACACUAAGUAAGUAUGCAUAAGAUUGCAACUUUAGAUGCAAUCACACAUUCUGGAUGUGGAAAAAUAAUUUUCCAUCCAAUUUUGCGGAGAAAGAUGUGAAGCCAAUGGCUCUCCAUCCUCCACUACACCAGUAAAGAUCUCAGAUUAGUCUGAUUUUGUAAUAUCAGAUCCAUCUCAUUUUAGCUUUUCUCUUUCAUUAACUUGCCUCUUUCUUUAAGUAAAAACAUAUCUCACAGGCCUCUUCUGUCGUUAGGCUCUUUGUUUUUUAACUUGCUAAUAAAACAUUUCAUGAAAGACUU